CAGUACUCUCUCUCUUUCUGAAUCAAUUAGGGUUCCUCUUCUCCGUUGAGUGAAAAAUUCCGGCUUAUCUGUUUAGUUUUAGGUUCUGACCUAAACCUGUGGAAGCUGUUAGCUAGUAUGGAUAAGUUAAGUCAGUUGCCUGAAGCGCUACUAGUGAGAAUUUUGUCUUUACUGUCUGCUAAAGAUGUUGUUUCGACAAUGGUUUUGUCGAAACGGUGGCAGUUUCUUUGGAUGUUGGUGCCAAAGCUUAUAUAUGAUGAUAGCUAUCAAGCUAUUGAGUAUGGAAGCUUUUCGCGGUUUGUUGACAGGUCAUUCACUCUGCACGAUGCGCAAGUUCUAGAUACUUUGCAUUUCAAACUCGGUAAAACCUCAUGUGGUACUGGAGAUAUUAGAGUUUGGAUUAAAACAGCAGAGAAGAGCUGUUUGCGUGAGCUGAUAAUUGAGAUUGAUAAGUCUAAUAGUGAUAAUUCUUCAGUGGUACUUCCAAGGAGCCUGUAUACGUGCUGUAGAAUGCUCGUGACUUUGAAGCUUAAUAACGCGGUUCUUGUGGAUGCUACGUCCUCGUUUUCAUUUCCAUCUCUCAAGACUUUGAGUCUUGUGUCCAUGAAGUUUCCAGGUGAUGAGCUGAUCAAGAUGCUUUUAUCGAAUUGUCCUGUUCUUGAAGACUUGGUUGUGAAACGCUGUCCCUAUGACAAUGUGACUACUUUCACUGUUAGAGUGUCUUCUCUAAAGUGUUUAGUCUUGCAUGAAACGGAAUUAGCCAGUAUAAAUGCUGAUUGCGGGUUUGUGAUAGAUACUCCUUCUUUGGAGUGCUUAGACAUUGAAGAUGGUAGGGGUGGUUUUUGUGUCAUUGAGAAUAAUAUGACUAAGGUUGUGAAGGCAAAUGUUUGCAAUUCUUAUGUACAUACGCAGCAGCUCAUGGGUUCUAUUUCUUCCGUCAAGCGUCUCUAUGUAUGUAUACCAUCCUCUAAGGAUGCUUAUCCUGUUGGUAGUGUCUUCCACUGUCUUGUACGUUUAACGAUAUGCACAUGUGAGACAGAGUGGCUAAAUCUACUUAUGUGUGUACUCAGAGAUUCCCCUAAAUUACGAGAACUCAAACUUGUUAAGAACCAUGUCUAUCGAUCUCAUCAACCGCGGCCGUGCUGGAAUGAACCGAGUGCAGUUCCUGAAUGUCUGUUGACAAGUCUUGAAACUCUCGAAUGGGUAAAAUAUGAAGGAACAGAAGAAGAGAAAGAAGUAGCGGCAUUCAUCUUAAGAAGUGGAAGCUGUUUAAAGAAGGUGACUAUCUCCUCUAAAUCCACUGACAUCAACAAGAAAUUUGAGAUGCUCAAGGAGUUGUCAUUGUUGUUCAGGCGUUCACCUACAUGUCAGAUUGCAUUCGACUGAAGUUUAGUUCAGUCUUCUUCAUUAGUCAAGUUGGUCUGUGUUUGAUCCAAUCUUAUAGACUUGUGUUUUCUCUUCUUAAAGAAACUAGUUUUCCCUAGAAACUUAUGUUGCUCAAGUUUUUAUUCUUUUGACGUUGUGUAUUCUUAUGUCUUAUAACCCU